AACUGUAAUUAAGUGCUGGUGUGCAACAUCAAGUGAGACAGUUACACCACCGCCACGUUUUAUGAUUAUUUAUGGUAAUUUCAGUUAGAAGGCAAGUGUGUUUAAUGAUGCGGGGGCGAUACAGGAGCCUAGACGUAUAGAGAGCAUGAGAGUUCAAGUCAUGGCUGUCUGAGGCCCUCGUCACAGACAGACAGGAGUCUUCUGGGCUUAUUUCUCUUUGGACCUGAUGUGAUGAAGCGCUCUUAUAAUUACCACACCGCUGAGACACAUGUAGGAGGUGGAGCACUGAAGUGUGUGUGUGUGUGUGUGUGUGUGUGUGUCCUCACCAAGCUUCUUGCAGUACUCAGGGGGAGGAGCAGACAGGCAGGUGACCCCGCCAGUGUGACCCCCUAGGUUCUUGUGCUCUGUUGCCGUGGGAACGUGCCACACUUUGACGGUGGUAUCUCGGCUGGAAGGGGAGAGAAAAAUAGGGGAAAGAUGAAGUGAGUGCAAAAAGAGGAUGAAAACAGACAGUAGGAAAGUAUUGCUGAUUAGAGUGUUACACGCAGGCUAAUGCAGUGCAAUGUAAGGUAAUCGAUUCAUAUUGUUGGAUAUACAGAAUGCAGCACACAAUGUCGUUAUUCUUACUAAACGAUUGCAAUAUGAAAAAAUUCACAUGCUUUCAUAAUGCUUUCAUCUUUAUGCUUCACUGAUGUGUUUCAUCCAGCAUUGAGAUUUCUCACUUAGUUCAGCUGUCCUUGAGUGCACAAUAGCUGCUGUGAGACGCAAAAGGGAAACAUACCGUAAUUUCCGGUGUACAAGCCGCUGCUUUUUUUUAAACUUUGAACCCUGAGGCUUAUCCAGCGAGGCGGCUAAUUUAUGGCUAAAUUCUAAUCUCAUGACAUCUCUUUUACUUCAGAAAUACUACUAAUUUUAUAAAUGCUGCUUGCGAGUCAGUGAGGAAACAAUAGCUCUUUCUUUGGCAAGAGCCAAUCACGAGCUAUCAGUGCACUCAUAACGAGCUCCCAUUGGGAAUCGCAGGAGGUGAUUAUAUAUAACAGUAUAACAAUAUAACAGUCUGACUCACGGGGUUAUCUUACAAAGAACGCUAAACUCAUCACAUAGCAACUUAACACUCAAAAGGUAUACCUGAGGAAAUAUACAAACAUGCACCAAUAUGAGUUUAAAAUGAAAUGUUUUCCCAUAAUGCAUAUCAUAUGAGCAACACAAUCAUUGGGGUACUGCAAUGACGUCAGCCUCCCUCUGGUGGACAGACACAGCAUUGCAGUACCAUCCAUUCAUUUUCUAUGCUGCUUGUUCUCCAACAAAACCCUGGACUGGCUAAAGCCAGUUUAAACAAAUAUUCCAACAACUAAAAAAGGGAAGUUUACACAAGCAUCUUCAUCAGUUCAUGCUCAGACUAGAUGGGACAGCUCUAGUCUGAGGCUGGUGCAAGAUCCAAUCUAUUUAUCCUCUGUUAGCGUCACAUUCAGAUGUAAUGAUGGUUAUGGAGCCAUCUGAAACCAAGGUGGCUAUGUGUUGUUUAUUUCUUCGAGGCUAAAUAACUGAGUCCUUUAGGAAGGGACGAAAGGACAGCAUUGUACGUGGGAGAAAGGUGGUGUCAUAGACCCCCCGUUCAGAGAUGGUUUCCCUACCUUAAAUUUGGUAUCACAUGCUAGGUACAGAAAAUAUGUUCUAUCAGUCGGGAUUUCCGUGUAAUGUUUUUGCUACAUCUUCUUUCUGUAGUGUUUCUCCUACUCGCUGGUCUUUACCUGCCAGAAACCACCAGGUUGUCAACAGCAACCACACAGGUGAUGAUGUCAUUGUGACCUUCCAACAGCCUCAAGCGGAACUUUGCUUUCUGCCAACUCGUUUUAAGGGACGUGAACUCAGCAUCUGAAAGAAAAGGAUGUGCAUAGUUGGGCAACAUAGCGUUUGUAUGCUGUAGUUAGCUGCGAGGAUACAAAAUGAGUGUGUGCAGUCUUAACAUGGUUAGCUGUAAUGCUAGCAAAAGCAUGUAUCAUCUCAUUUUAGAUCCUAAUCAGGUCACUAGCUUGUCAUCCAUCCAGCUCCGGCCCACCUUCCUGCCCCUGUCGCCGCCCCCCGUCGUCAUCGUCGCCGCGGUCCGGACAGUCUUCUGACAUGUCCCGCCUGUCGUGAUGUGACACCGUGGCAGUAUGUGUCCUUUCCUGCCUCUGGGCUGUCUUCACCACCCCUCCUGUCGUCCUCUGUGUGGCAAGCAGCGCCGGCCCGUCUUCACAUUUACACUUUGCAUCUUCGCCCCUCAGGAUCUUUGAGGCCGGAGGCGUUUGUGAUGGAAGGGCCUCGGGGGCGUCCUCCCUGUGCCAGUGAACAAAACAAGGGUGGAAUGACUAAGCAGGAAGGAUGGAGGAGACAUCUAUUAGGGGUUAAGUGUUGACUGGAUAGGAGGACUUUUUCUACAAAAGAUGUUUCAUAACGCUAUUAAAUUUUUCGAUGAAAAUCUUUCACUAUUAUAUACAGAUAUUUAAUGAAAACACUGUUCACCCAAAUAUAAGACAACCCCUUAGUUUUGGAAAAAUAAAAAAAAAAUAAAAAAAAAUUUUUUGGUAUAGUACAAUGAAAAAGCUGCUCGACAACUGAUGACUCUGCUUAUGUUCAUCAUUAGCUUAAAAUUAGCAUCAUAAUUCAUCUGUUGUUUGCUAACGUGAGACUUUUUUUCCAACGUGUCUUUGUGUCAUGGCUGCAUCUCUUCGUGUCGCUGAUGUGUGUGAGGGACAGGAAGAAAACCUCCGACUCUCUUUAGAGAGAAGUCUUUUGAUGCCACCCGUUUGCUAGCAUGUAUAAAUAGACCACAAAUAAAAGGACAACAUGUCUUUUUUCAAGUUAUUUUUAAAUAUAUAAAUGAAUUACAUAUAUUCAUAGUAUAUUUAUUUAUUAGAAUUUCAAUAUCAAUCACUGAAAGGGCGAUUUCUGUUGCUUUCUUUCUGGAAACUCCCUGUGUGGAAUUAAUCCACUGUAAAAGUUUUCUGUCCAACUGCUCGCUAACUUUCUUUCUCCGCCCUCCAGCAAGGCCCACUACUCUCUAGUCACUAGUCUGGACGAGGCAAAUUAUUACUUUGUUUUUUCUCCAAUCCCUAAAUCUUUUCGAAUCAAUGUUUAGCAGCUCUUGCUCAGAAAAACAAUUUCACAAGAAACUCCACCAUAAAUGUCAACUUUACAGAUGCCUGCUCUGCAUGCAGCGUAUAUGUUGCAAUAAAGACGUCCACCACAAAGAUGGCGGUAUGGUUGAUCCUCGCCUAUUCGCCGUUCGGCAUUCACGCCCUUGCAUAUUGGAUUGAUUUUCUGUGCUUUAAAUUGUGACUAAUUAGGUUGUUUAUGGCCACUUAAAUAGAAAAUUGUUUGAUGGCGCUAUCUGCAGGGUAAAAAAAAAAAAAAGUGCUGCAGCUAUGAAUCUAGCAGAGGACUCGGUCUCACAAGUCAGUUCACUCACGAUUCAAAGAUGCUUUGGCAAGACAAGCUUUAAGCACAAUACUGUAUACUGUAUGCUUGCAAUUGUUUCUUAAUGUGUAAAACUCCAUUGAAAAUAUUAUCUAUUAACCGUGAAAGCAUAUUAUCAGGUUUAGAGUAUCAAAAUUAGGCAUUUUUAUGAGUUUAUUAUGAGUGCGCCUAUUAUUUGUGAUUUUCCGACAUUUGCGGGGGGGUUUGGAAUGUAACCCCUGUGAAUAGGGGGCAUCUACUGUAAUCACAGACUACUAGUGACACCAGUAGGAAUGAAAACGGUUCAUCGAUAAACGAUGACAAUGUUUCAGAAGGUUAUUGGAUGUUUUAUUGUAAUUAGCGUAUUUAAACGUCAUCAUUUUACGAGAAUACAUUUGUAAUAGUACAAGUCAUAUUAUUUCAAGAAUACAUCAUUUUUGUAAUUGUCAUAUUUAGACAAUCUUCAAAUUCUGUCUUUUUUUGUACUACGACGUUAAUAAAAUUGCUGUUUUUCAUCGUAAUAUCACGACUUGCAACUCAAAAUGAUGACCUCUUUCUUGUAAUAUUAUGACACUAUUCUCCUAAAAUUACUUUUAGAAUACUUUUAGGGGUGUCACAAGAUUAAAACGUGAUAAGACUGAAAAGUAUCUCGUGAUAAAAAAUGAAUAAAUGAAUCAUCACCAAUCUCGUGUAUCGUCUUGUCUCGUGAAUUGAGUGUCUUGUGUCACCCCUCGUGCUUCCACAACGGCACAGUUACAGUGAUAUUUGCCGGGUCCUGUAUAAAAGGCACGCAGAUGAAUAAAUACCGGGUUUCAACCAGAGGCGUAACAGCACGGUAUGGAACAUUUCCCACCCGGAAGUUCGUUGAGGGAGGGGCAGGAAGUGUAACUGCCUCCUAAUAUUGUCACGCGUCUACUCUGUAAAUAAAAAGAAGCAAACUAUAGGUGUGAAAGGUGCGAAGGUGAGUGUGAAUGGUUGCCUCUUGUGUCAGUCCUGUGAUUGGCAGGUGAUCCGACCAGGCUGUACCAUGCCUCUCGCUUCAAGUCAGCUGAGAUAGGCUCCAGCAUCCCCGGAAAAAGCAGGACGGAUGCACGAAAACAUCUUGAUGAUCCCCAAGACCUUUGGGAAAAUACUCUGUGGUCUGACGAGACAAACGUUUUUGGAAGGACCUGGAAGACUUGCUGUGAUAAACGGAACCAUCAAUUCUGCUGUCUACCAAAAAAUCUGAAGUCCAGCCAUCUGUUCGUGACCUCAAGCUGAAACAAUCUUGGGUUCUGCAGCAGGACAAUGAUCCAAAACACACCAGCAAGUCCACCUCUGAAUGGCUCAUGAAAAACAAAAUGAAGACUUUGGAGUGGCCUUGUCAAAAUGCUGACCUGAAUCCUACUGAGAUGCUGUGGCAAGACGCUUCAUGCUCGAAAACCCUCCUACGUGGUUGAAUUACAACAAUUCUGCAAAGAUGACUCAUUGCAAGUUAUAGCAAAGGCUUGAUUGCAGUUGUUGCUGGGUGGCCCAACCAGUUAUUAGAUUUAGGAGGCAAUCACUUUUUCACACAGGGCCAUGUAGGGUUUUUUUCUCCCUUUAUAAAAAAAAAUAUUUUAAAACUGCAUUUUGUGUUCAGUUGUGUCAUUAACUGAUAUUUAAUUAGUUUGCUGAUCUGAAACAUUUAAGUGUGACAAACGUGUGAAAAACAUUUCACACCACUGUAAUCUAAUUAAAAAAUAGUUACUAAUAUUUCUAUAAGCAUUUUUUUAACACAUUUUAAUGAUAUUGUAUGAAUUUACACAUAAUAAUAAUAUAAUAAUUUAUAAUAAGAAAAAUUUAUAUAGUUUUACAAUUACAAUCAGUGCUUUCUACUCUGGUAUUUUGACACAUACUGUAUAUGUAUAUUGUGUAAAGGUGGAUUUAAUUAGCUAUAUGCAUAAAAGCAUUUUUUAAAAUCUAAAAUGCAAGCAACUGACCCCAGUACCUGUUUUUAUGUAAUGCUAUAUAUACUGUAUAUACAAAAUAUAUAUAUACAGUAUAUUAGUGAUUUUACACAUAUUUAUACAUAGAACAUACGCUAAAUUAUACUUUAUAUGUAAAUUAAUGAUGCUUCGCCGUCAGAGCCAGUUUCAAACUUUGCAAAAUGUAACAAUAAAAUUUGAAUACAACUUUUGCAUUACUCCUUAUUACGUGUGUUUUGCAACUAUGCUAAAUAUAGCCUAAAACAAAUACAGUAAUGUAUAUUCUUGAAAUGCUGCAAACAAACAUGCGCCACAAAAGUGUUUAGCAUUGAAAGCAGAUCAAUGAGCCCAUGCUGUAGCCCACAAGUGAAUCUCUCUUACUCCCAGGGUUACACUUCCACACACACAAAAGCACAGCGAUAUACAGUAGUGUAGCUGCCCUGCUAAUUACUCUGCACAUUUGUUGACGUGCUGACACAAAAGCUGCCAAGUCGACUCAGUCCACUUUAUUAAUUCAUACUAAUCUUAAUUUUCAACAUCACUUCAUGCAUCAUCAGCAUUAAAAAGCUGGCUCGUGUUUAAACAAAUACAAACAGCAAAGUAGUAUUUUCAUAUAUUGGCAGUUUUAUAAGCAAAAUACUGGAUUUUAUCCGCAGCAAGGUCAAAUAGACGGCCACCGGGGUGCAUGUUUGUGCUAAAUCAGGGGAGUGCUAUGAUUUGUUGUGAUGUGAUCAUCAGAUAUUUUGUUUUUAGUAAAUCCGUUUAUGCAUGUAGAUGAAUGUUUUCAAUAGUCAUAGAAACAAACGGAAAAGAAAGGCGUGUUCUUGUACCUUGAAUUCUUCCUCUGGUGUGAGACUGAUUUUUAUUUCCAGGUUCUCAAUCUGCCUCAACUUCUUCUGCAGCUUCCUCACCUCCCCCAUCUGGGCUUUCAAUACUCCUCUGCUUGUAUGACUAACUAGCUUUCGAAUUGGGAUAUCAUGUGAAAGAAAUCAUAAUAAAAAAAAGACGUAGGAUGGUGAUUUUGGGGGAAAAAAGGCACUAAGCGGAUUUGGAUAGAGAGAGCUCUUGUGGGAAUUAAGGCUGUUUGGGGAAACGUGUCGCCGGAUGUUGACGAGUUACUGAAGAAGUGUCGAGCUGUGCCUACAGCGGCACUCUGUGGAUAUGUAGUGAACUAAAGUCCGACUAUUAAAACUAUAGAAAAUAUCUAUACAUUUGCCACAAUUUAUUAUUAUGAUUACAUGUUUGGAUAAUACAUGCAAUUAAAAUUAGCAGGACCCAGUUCACAGUCCAUAAUCAACGCAAUAUACAAUAGUGUAUAACAACAUGUUAAUUAUAAUUAGCAUUCAGGCAUGGUCAUUUAUAGACCAUUUCAUAAAACAGUGCAAUUAAAUGCGAUUUACAUACACAAAAGAGCAAAACAGGGAAACAAAAUAUUUUCAUCAGAAAUAUCCGUGUAAUGAAAUUAAUCAAUGAAAGAAGAUACAGUUUGUUUGUCUAUAUGUGCCCUGCGAUUGGCUGGCGACCAGUCCAGGGUGUACCCCGCCUCGCGCCCGAAGUCAGCUCCAGCAUACCCGCGACCCCAGUGAGGAUAAAAAGCGUAGAAAAUAAAUGGCUAGAUAAACGAUACAGCAAUACUGUACAACUUACAAUGCGGAAAGACUAAGGCUCAAUUCAGUCCUUGUCGCAUUAAAAGAAACGUGUCCACACGUUAAUUGUUAAUAUAGUCAAGGAAAAGUAGUUUUAUUAGUGGAAUGCGGUAAUUUGCAUUCACAGUAGACGAGAAUUCUAACAAGUUAUUGUUUUUACCACAGUACGUGAAUGCAGCACUAUACGUAAUUACGCGAUAUAACUGCGAAGAUAAAAAUGAUAAAACAUUAAAUUAUAGUUAAAUGAUUGAGGGUCACAAAAAUACAGGAUAAUCGGGUAAAGUAAAAACCAAGAGAUUUAAACGUCUCUCGUUUAAAAAGAGGUGCCAUUUUGUUACCGGACGUGAUGUCACGACGUUGCACUCCUUUUGUCUGACGACCUCAUCCGGAGGAAGUAAAGCCCAGACGAGGCAGCCACUUCAUCGGAGGAAAAAAAACUAAAAAAAAAAAAAAAAAAAAAGAGGGAAACGAAGUUCCAUCGGUUUUGUGGGAAUUAUCGACACAAUAUAUCCAUUGUGUCCAAGUAGUGGUCAACAAUCGGAGCUACGCGGGAGGGAGACCGAGGAGUGGACGGUAACCGGAAUAAUGGAGGAUUCUCAUUUUAACUCAUCCUAUUUCUGGUCUCCCAUCCCCACUGUGCCAGGACAGAUUGAGAACGCCGUGUUCCUAAACAAAGUGAAAGAGCAGCAGGAAAAGAAUGCUUCCUUCCCUCCGUCCUCGGCGUCUCACUACCAAACCACUCUGCUCACGAUCCCGACUCCUGGGGCCAAGACAGAUGGAGGCGGCCAUCCUGCUGCUGCUGCUGCUCAGCUCCACCCGCCACACAGCAGCCAGAACAUCACAGUGCUGCCCGUCCCCUCCACUGGCAUCAUGACAGCAGCGGGUCUAGUCAUCACCACUCCACAGGGAACUUUAGUCUCCCCCACCUCUUCGCAGUCAUUUGUGUCUGCGCAUCCGACAACCACCAUGAUCGUCUCUGCUGUUCAUUCUCCAGACAAAAAAGAAGCGGACGGGGCGCCCCACGUCGUGGUGAUGCCGACGCCCUCCAAACGAGGCCGUAAGAAGAAGAGCAUGGGCGGAAACGAAACUGUCAUACUGGCUCAUCUAAGCGCCGGCGGCCAGGUGGCAUCUCUGCAGCAUCACGCCAGGGACCCAUAUGACCUGUCCAAUGAGGACGAUGAGCCUGGGUUGAAAGAUAGCACCAAAACAUACAGGUGCCGGAUGUGCGCGGCGACCUUCUUCAGUAAGUCUGACAUGCAGAUCCACUCCAAGUCGCACACAGAGGCCAAACCUCACAAGUGUCCGCACUGCGCCAAGUCAUUCGCCAACUCCAGCUACCUGGCCCAGCACAUCCGCAUCCACAGCGGGGCCAAGCCUUACACCUGCUCCUACUGCCAGAAAUCAUUCAGGCAGCUCAGUCACUUACAGCAGCACACACGCAACCACACAGAGUCAAAGCCUCACAAGUGUCCACAUUGUACCAAGUCAUUCGCCAACUCCAGCUACCUGGCCCAGCACAUCCGCAUCCACACCGGAGUGAAGCCUUACUCGUGCUCUUACUGCCAGAAGAGUUUCAGGCAGCUUAGUCACCUUCAGCAGCACAACAGGAUUCAUACUGGAGAUCGGCCGUACAAGUGUACACAACCUGGAUGUGAGAAAUCUUUCACGCAGCUCUCAAAUUUACAGUCCCAUCGACGUCAGCACAACAAAGACAAACCUUACAAGUGCUCCAACUGCAAUAAAGGAUACGUAGAUGCAGCAAGUCUGGAGGUGCACAUGUCCAAACACACAGUCAAGCACGCCAGGAUCUACUCUUGCGGCCUGUGCAACCGCACGUACACCUCAGUAAGACCAAUAUCCAUUUCUGAAGAGAAUUCCUACAUGAGUCACUGCCAUUGGCCUCACUGGCAUCAGACUCCUGGCAACUACUUUACACCACCGUGUACUACGUGUAGUCAUGUGUCCACUGUCUCCCCUCUACCUGUCCUCCCCUCACCCCAGGAGACGUAUCUUGUGAAACACAUGGAGAAACACAACCAAGGGCAGUUGAGUGCACCGGAUGCUCCAGAGGCACAACGGAACCAAAGCCAGGCUCGCAGUCAGCCUGGAGCCCAGCACCAGGCGGAGGGCCCGGAUGGCAGGUCAGGCCGACCCGGAGCAGGCGGGAGCGGACAGAGCCAAGGCAGCUACCCCCAGCCUGAACCCCUCCCAUGUCCGUUCGACCUACACCAGUAUAAGACGGUGUCUGCCAGUGACAUCCAGUACAAACCAGUCACCGUGUCGGACCUUUCUUCCCAUAAGGACCUCUGCCUGACCGUGUCGUCAUCCAGCAUCCAAGUGGAGCACCUCAGCUCUUAAAAGAUGGAGGACAGCGUGUUAACGGAUAUAAGCAAUACUCAAAUGAAAUAAGAGCUUUUUGGAACUGUGCCUGGAAUAUUUCUUUUCUUCUUGCAAACAGGACAAAGAGCCCGAUAAAAUGUUUGUGUGGAAAGGCUGCAAUAAGAACAUUAACGGUCCAUCACAGUGAUGGUUUUAAAAUGGAAAGAAAGAAAACGAGAGUGGCUUUUGUUUAUUGUUGGUUUAUCACCUUCUGCUCUUCCACACGAGUAAAGCCACGGCUCAUAACCAUGUUAUGCUCUUUAAAGUAUUUGUAAUGCUUUUUACAUCGGUGUUAUCACCUUUACACAUAUGCUAUAAAAGGGACAAAGUGGUUAUUUCCUUUUUUUCGGGAAAGUAAAAAAAAGUAUAAUUAUGUAGAUAAUUACAACCAGUUGGUAAAGUGUGAAGUGUGUUUAAAAAAAAAAAAAGAAAAAAAAAGGUUGUAUAUCUCCAGUAUAUAUACACCCAAUUGCAAUGCUUACAUUGUAAUCCUAUCAUUCUGCUUAUGGUGUAUUUAAGUGUGUCUUGCUAUAAUACUUCAGAAUAUUUGUAAUGACGUCUUUCCGGACACACUUGCACAUGUGGAUUUGUUUUUGAUAAUAAUAAAAACUUUGGAAACCUUGUUUUUGUCAUUUAAUUCUUUGGUCUAUACGUUUGGGAUGAACGUUCGAAUACCGUACACCUAUUUAUAGAAGGCUUCUGAGUGUAGACGUCAAACAAUCGUGGAUAAAGGUGAUUGUUU